UGUUGCUCGUAGAAGUCGACACAAAAGGCCUAAAACCUCGUAUAACAAACGCAGCACGAGAAGCUUCUUCUUGUUUGUCUUGUUAACAAACGUAAUGGCGGCUAGAGGUGCCUUGCUCAAGUACCUGAGAGUGAACGUAAGCACCUUACCUCGGACCACUGCCACCAACCUCUUCUCCCUCUCCUUCAACGCGAUACACCGCCGUUUCUCCGAGGAGGUCCGAGGCUCCUUUCUCGACAAAUCUGAAGUCACUGAUCGUGUCAUCUCGGUCGUUAAAAACUUCCAGAAAGUUGAUCCUUCCAAGGUUACACCAAAUGCCCACUUCCAGAAUGACCUUGGAUUAGACAGUUUGGAUACUGUGGAGGUUGUGAUGGCACUGGAAGAAGAAUUCGGAUUUGAGAUCCCAGAUAGUGAAGCAGACAAGAUCAAUUGCAUCAACCUGGCCGUUGAUUUCAUCUCUUCUCAUCCUCAGGCCAAGUAGGAGAAUGUAUGAAGCCUUGGCAUUUUCAUUUUAAUCACUAGAAUCUUAGUGCCGGAUGUUUUUAAAGAAAUAAUUUUUUUAAUGCCCUUUGGUUUUUUAACUCCAUAUUAUUCUGUCUCAACUUUCAAUGAAUGGAGGGAAAUUGUAAUGUUUGAAUGCACUGAUCUGAACUGUUUCAUUCUAAUAAAGAUGAUUGUUUGUUAGAA